GUAGAGUGACGACAGUUUUUAACUUUUGAACUUUAAAAUAAGUUUUGUUAUUCGUAUAGUUUUGUAUAUAAUUAUGCUGUAAUACAUUGAAUAUGGCUAAAAUAGCGGAAAUAAGAUUAUUAUUCGAAACAAAAAUUAAAGAUGGCAUCCCCGAUCCGCCUGGCCCUUUCGAUCCGCGAGACUUGGAAAGAGUAAAAAGUGAUAAAUAUUUGUAUCGCGUGUUGGAACAUUCGCAGAAUAAUGUUCAGCAAGCCGUCCAAAUGCUAUACGACAUAAUGGCGUGGAGAAAAACAAAUAAAGUCAACGAAAUAAACGAAGAUACAGUGAAUAUAGAUUAUUUAAAAGAAGGCAUAUUUUUUCCUCACGGAAGAGACAUAGAUAGUUGCUUACUGUUCAUUUUGAAGUCUAAACUUUACGUAAAAGGCACAAAAAAUAUAGAGGAAGUUAAGAGAGUUGUUAUUUAUUGGUUGGAACGAAUUGAAAGGGAGGAAGAUGGCAAAAAGAUUACAUUAUUCUUUGAUAUGGACGGCUGUGGCUUAAAUAACAUGGAUAUCGAAGUUAUAAUGUAUAUGAUCACGUUAUUGAAAAACUAUUACCCGUAUCUCAUAAACUAUAUUAUAGUUUUUCAACUACCAUGGAUAUUGUCAGCGGGAUUUAAAAUUAUAAAGGGUAUUCUGCCCGCUGCAGCAGUAGAGAGGCUCAGAAUGGUUAACAAGGAUAAACUGAAGGAAUUGGUCGCGCCAGAACAAGCUUUGACUUGUUGGGGUGGGAGGAAUGAUUAUGUUUUCAAAUUCGUUCCAGAGAACAGGGUAAAUGUCGAUAAAACAAUGAAAAAUGUUACAUUUGCCGAGGAUGAUAAUCAACAUUCACCAGGAGAAAUGUUAAGCUUGAAUCCGGGUAAAUUAUUAAUGUUUAAGUUGGAAAAUGAUAGAAUAGUUGCUCAAUUGACUAUUAUGAAUAUGGAUGAAAAUUGUAUAUCAUUUAAAAUAAGAACAACGGCUCCCGAAAAAUAUACCGUUCGUCCGAGUUCGGGUAUACUGGCAAGUAAAACAUCACAGACGAUACAAAUUAUUGUGAGUUCCGGUUUCCAUAUAACCUCCGUGGUAAGAGACAGGUUUCUAGUUGUAUCAAUGCAAGUUCCAAGUUCUAAUAUAUCCGCAAAAGAUUUAAGUAAAAUAUGGAAGAAUGCUGACAGCAAAGCCGAUGAAUAUAGAUUGAAAUGUUCCUGUAUAGAGUUCAAGGAAAACAAAAAAACCGAACCGAGUAAAGAUCCAGAAUCAAUCGUUUAUAAAUUAAAUAAUUUACAAAACAAUCAUAACACGCUCGUAAAGAGCUUAGAAAUGUUGCAUAUGUACCAACUGUUAUCCAUGUUUCUUAUAUUCCUUACGAUCGUUUUGGGAUAUUUAGCGUUCAAAAAUACGAAACACUGUCAGUAUUAAUGCACGUGUCAAUUAUUUAUAUACAUCAGAUUUGCGAAAGUAACUCUGUCUGGUCAAAAAACUGAACGAAAUUUGUUGAUAUUUACUAUCAGGCAUGCUUAAACUUCAGAAAAGGCCUAACACAGUAAUUUUUAAGCCUAACACUUUACGAUCAAUAACUACAACUCGAGUGAAACGAUUACCAGCCAGUGUUAAACAUAGUUGUUAAUAAAUUAGUUAAUAUAAAUAAAAUUAAAAAACUAAGAAAAAUAAAAUUUAAACAUCAUUAAACUCAUCAACGAUAAUACUGUGAUUAUAUAAAAUUAACAAUUACUAGAGUUAUUAUAUAACCAAAUGAAUUAUUUACCAAUGUAUAUAAAAUCAGGUGUGCCCGUCACGUUAAAUUAAUACAUUAUUAAUGAAAUAAUGUUAAAUAAUAUUAUCGAAUUUGUUGCUGAACUUGAACUUUAAAUAGUCCUACGCACACUAAGACAUCUUAUAAGUAUCUUAUAAUUCACUCACACUAAUGCAAGCUCAUAAUAAUUCAACGACGAGGUUAGUUAUCGCCUUGUCGUUAAAUAGAUCAUUGAUCUUAAUUUACAUAAUCGCUAAGUACACAUCACAAAAUAUAUAAGUUUAUUAUAUAGAAAACUUUUGUAUUAUAUUAAAAUGUUAUAUUAUAAACAAAUCACAAAUGAAAACAUAUGAAAUGCAUGUUUGUGCUUAUAUAUGUUUUUUUUUCUUUGUCUGUUUAUUACAU